AUGGAUGAAAACUACGACGUUAUUGUUUUAGGAACUGGAUUGACCGAAUGUGUUCUCUCUGGUAUUCUUUCAGUUGAAGGUAAGAAAGUUUUACACAUUGAUAGACAGGAUUUUUAUGGGGGAGAAUCGGCUUCAUUAAAUUUAACUCAAUUAUAUGGUAAAUUCAAACCAACAGCACAAAGACCAGAAUUAAAAGGUAGAGAUAGAGAUUGGUGCGUUGACUUAAUUCCGAAAUUUCUUAUGGCAAAUGGAGAAUUAUCAAAUAUUUUGGUCCACACAGAGGUUACUCGUUAUAUUGAAUUCAAACAAAUUGCUGCAAGUUAUGUUUAUAGAAAUGGCAGAAUUGCAAAAGUUCCCUCCAAUGCGAAAGAAGCUUUGGCUUCUUCAUUAAUGGGGAUAUUUGAAAAAAGAAGAAUGAAAAGAUUUUUGGAGUAUAUUCAAAAUUAUGAUGAAAAUGUUGCAUCUACUCACCUUGGAUUUGAUCUAGAUAAAAACACGAUGAAUGAAAUUUAUACAUAUUUUGGAUUAGAAAAUGGUACAAAAGAUUUCAUAGGUCAUGCAAUGGCUUUAUGGUCAACUGACGAUUAUUUGAAUGAAGUUGCUAGACCAACUUAUGAAAGACUUUUGUUAUACGCACAGUCUGUGGCAAAGUAUGGGAAAUCUCCAUAUAUUUAUCCUUUAUACGGUUUAGGUGAAUUACCACAAGGUUUUGCUAGAUUAUCAGCUAUAUAUGGUGGUACUUAUAUGUUGGACACACCAGUUGAUGAAGUACUUUACGACGGAGAUAAAUUUGCUGGAGUUAAAACUAAAGAAGGUACAGCAAAAGCUCCUAUAGUCGUUGCUGAUCCAACUUAUUUCCCCGAACUAGUUAAAAAGACCGGAUCAAAAGUUAUUAGAGCUAUUUGUAUUUUAGAUCAUCCUGUACCAGGAGUUGACUUGGACUCAUUACAAAUUAUUAUACCACAAAAUCAAGUCGGCAGAAAACAUGAUAUUUAUAUUGCAGUUUUAUCAGACGUACAUUGCGUUGUGCCAAAAGGUCAUUUCUUAGCUAUUGUUUCAACAAUCAUUGAAACAGAUGCUCCUCACGUCGAAUUAGAACCAGCAUUCAAAUUAUUGGGACCAAGAGUUGAUACUUUGAUGGGAAUAGCUGAAUUAUAUGAACCAACAAAUGAUGGAACUAAAAAUGGGAUCUAUCUAUCAAAGAGUUAUGAUGCCUCGUCCCAUUUUGAGUCAACUACAGAUGAUGUAAAAGAUAUUUACUUUCGUAUUACAGGAAAUACUUUACAAGUUAAGAAGAGAGAUGAAGGUGUCGUAGCCGAAGAAUAG